AUGUACAUAUAUUGCGUAUGGAGAUGCAUAGCAACGUAUGGGAAUAUAGCACGGUAUAACAACCGAGUUAGGUAGAUAAAUAUGAUUCGCUUAGACUUAGAGAAUUGUAUUAAAUUAGACACACAUUUAAAAAAUGACAUAAUAAGAUUUGGUGUAGACGAGAUAUCUUAUAAUACUUUUUAUCGGGGAUUUCUUAACCAAAAUUGGCCAGCAGUUAUAACAAAUAUAUCUAGUGAUUGGGAAUGCAGUCACACGUGGAUAUCAAGAAAAAAUGCUGCACAGAUGAAUAUAAAUUUUGCCUAUCUUAAGGAUAAAAUAAAGGACUGUUUAGUUCCUGUAACAAAUUGUAUAGAUAAAAAUGUAUCAAUUGAAGUACCAUUUUACGAUUAUAUUGACAAAUGGGAAAAAUCUAUUGUAAGUCGAAAUAGUGGUGAAGCUUCUGUAUAUCUUUAUUUAAAAGAUUGGCAUUUAAAAGCAUAUCUUCGGAAUUACGAGUUCUAUAAUGUUCCUAAGCAUUUUUUUUCGGAUUGGUUGAAUGAAUUUUUAACUGAGAAUUACCAAGAUGAUUAUCGAUUCGUUUAUAUGGGACCGAAAAAUACAUGCAGGACUCCUUUUCAUGUAGAUGUUUUUGGAUCAUUCAGUUGGUCUGCAAAUGUAUACGGUUGCAAAAAGUGGAUUCUCUUGCCUCCCGGUGAGGAGUUGAAAUUAUUGGAUCAGUAUAAAAAACUACCUUAUGAAAUUAAUGAGGAAACUUUACGUAAAUCAAAUAUAAAGUAUUUCGUAGUAUAUCAACAACAAAACGAAGCCAUAUUUGUCCCAAGUGGGUGGUAUCAUCAAGUAUCUAAUAUUACUGACACUAUAUCGGUGAAUCAUAACUGGUUUAACGCUGCCAAUUUAAAAUAUAUAUGGAAUAAUAUUUCGUCUAAUUUGAGGAAAGUUGUGAUUGAGAUCAAUGAUUUCAGAAGAAGUCAUAAUUUUAAUGAACAAUGUCAGCAAAUUUUGCACCUAGACUUUGGCUUAAAUAUUGCCGAAUUUCUGGAAAUACUGUGUUUUAUCGCCAAAAGACGGUUAUUUCUGUUGAAAAAGCAGGGAAACUCAAAUAUUAAAAAUAUUCAGUGUCCUUCAAGUCAUAUUUUUUAUAUCAAUGACUUUCAUAUAUACUAUGAUUUAAAAAAUAUCGAUACUGUACUAAAAACUAUGAUUCAGGAUAAAUUUGUAUACAGUUGUUCCAGAUUGUACAACAAAUGUAUAAAAUUUAUCAAUCGUAUUAAUACUAGUCAAAUAAACAAGAAUAUACCUUAUUUAUGAAAAACUAAUCUGUUAAAAACCAGUUAUAACUUAACCGGUAUAUAAAUAUUGAAAUAUUUGCUCUUAAGAUAAUUGGCACCAAUGUAUUGUAAUCUGAAAAAUAAGGAAAAUAUACAAAUAUUAAAUCGAAA